CUUAAGGCGCGGGUGUCUAAAAAUCAUGCCAAAUCCCUCUCUGGCCCCGAAUUAUCGCAUGUCCGGUAUAACGACAAGGUCCCGCCGAGUUCGGGUGCCAAACGAGGGACCACCCAGGGGUCGAAGCCGACGGGGCUGUUGGACGUGUCGAAUACGUUGCGUCGCAAAAAGUGUGAUGAGCGUCGCAACUCUGAAAAUAACUGUCAAAGUUGCGUCCGUCUAGAGAUUGAAUGCCUGGGUUGGGAGGAAAACCGUCCAGAAUGGUUCCAGGACGCUGAGCGUGUUCGGGUCUUCAAAAAGGCUAUUAAGGAUCGCACUAGUACCAGAAACAAAGGAUCAGAGUCAUCUCUUGCCUCUAUUAUUGCUGCAACUGCUCCUCCCCCUCCUACAGCGGGCAAUGUCCGUCCCAAUCAGCCUCACAGCGCGACACGGCCUGCCCCUUCAUCGCUGUUACCUAAUCCUAUUAGCAUACUAGAGCUGAAUCCAUAUCCGUCUGUCCCAUUUUUACAACUGCCCUCAUCCCUUCUCCGACCCGCUACACCCUUCUCUCAAGAAUGCUUCAACUACCGCUUCUUCAUAGAGAACGCUCAAAAACUAGCUAACUUGACAGAACUACCAAUUCCUUGUAUUCAUGGGGUUCGGGAGACCAGUCUCCUCGGCCGAUGGAAACAGGAUGAGCUAGACAGGGGCCGACUCAGCAAUAGAGAGUUAGCCAGACGAGCGCGGACCAUCGAGGAGAAAUUAAACACGGAAUACGAAGUUGCCAGUGAAGACAUGAUCAAACAUGGGAACCAAAGUCAACAGCAAGAAGAAGAUAUGCUCGAGUAUUUCACUUGGGUCGACGAGGAGGCCGACCAGGCGG